AUGGACCAAAAAAUUAACCUGGAUGAGUACACUGAGUCAGUGACGGCCUAUAUAUCAAAGUGUGUGGAUGAUGUGACAGUCAACAAGAGCAUCAUCACAAGAGCGAAUCAGAAAUCCUGGCUAGCAAGUGGAGUGUACAAGAUCUUCAAGGCACGUAAUGCCUUUAAAUCUAAAGACAAAGAUGCCCUUAGGGAAGCCAGAGUAAAACUAAGUAGAGGAAUAAGAGUGGCUAAGCAGGCCUAUGGACAGAAAAUUCAGGGUCACUUCUCGGACCUGAGAAACUCCUGGCUUCUAUGGCAAGGGACAGCAUUUGAAGACACAUCUAUUGAAGAAACAGAGAGCAGUACAUCUCAUCCUGUGGAAAUAUCAACCAUUAGUUUUACUGCUGUUCCUACAACAGGGACAGCAUUUGAAGACACAUCUAUUGAAGAAACAGAGAGCAGUACAUCUCAUCCUGUGGAAAUAUCAACCAUUAGUUUUACUGCUGUUCCUACAACAGGGACAGCAUUUGAAGACACAUCUAUUGAAGAAACAGAGAGCAGUACAUCUCAUCCUGUGGAAAUAUCAACCAUUAGUUUUACUGCUGUUCCUACAACAGGGACAGCAUUUGAAGACACAUCUAUUGAAGAAACAGAGAGCAGUACAUCUCAUCCUGUGGAAAUAUCAACCAUUAGUUUUACUGCUGUUCCUACAACAGGGACAGCAUUUGAAGACACAUCUAUUGAAGAAACAGAGAGCAGUACAUCUCAUCCUGUGGAAAUAUCAACCAUUAGUUUUACUGCUGUUCCUACAACAGGGACAACAUUUGAAGACACAUCUAUUCAAGAAACAGAGAGCACUACAUCUCAUCCUGUGGAAAUAUCAACCAUUAGUUCUACUGCUGUUCCUACAACAGGGGCAACAUUGGAAGAAACAUCUAUUGAAACAGAGAGCAGUACAUUCCAUCCUAUGGAAAUAUCAACCAUUAGUUCUACUGCUGUUCCUACAACAGAACCAGAAACAUUCAUGCAUGAAGUAGAGACUACCACAUAUAGUCCUUCAAGUACACCAAGCUCUACUUUUGCAACAGUUAGUGCAUCAAUUUCAGAAACAGCAUCAACAGAAACAAUCAUUCAAGAAACAGAAAGUACCACAUCUCCAUCUCAAAGUACAUUAAGCUCUACACAUGUUGCUGUUACUAUGGCAGGGUCAACAUUGGAAGAAUCAUCUAGUAAAGAAACAGAGAGCAGCACAUCUCUUCUUGUGGAAAUAUCAACCAUUAGUCCCACUGCUGUUCCUACAACAGGGACAACAUUAGAAGAAACAUCUAUUAAAGAAACAGAGAACAGCACAUCUCUUACUGUGGAAAUAUCAACCACUAGGUCUACUGCUGUUCCUACAACAGAAAGAACAUCAACAGAAAUACUCAUUCAAGAAAAUGAGAGUACCACAUAUAGUCCUUCAAGUACACCAUGCUCUACUUUUACAACAGUUACUGCAUCAGUUUCAGAAACAGCAUCAACAGAAACAAUUAUUCAAGAAACAGAAAGUACCACAUUUCCAUCUCAAAGUACAUUAAGCUCUACACAUGUUGCUGUUACUAUGGCAGAAAAAGCAUCAACAGCAAUAGCCACUCAAGAAAAUGAGAGUACCACAUAUAAUCCUACUUUUAGAACAGUUACUGCUUCAAUUUCAGAAACAGCAACAACAGAAACAAUCAUUCAAGAAACAAAGAGUACCACAUCUGCAUCUACCCCUGCAUUAAGCUCUACACCUGCUGUCAUUACUAUGGCAGAAAGAACAUCAACAGAAAUACUCAUUCAAGAAAAUGAGAGUACCACAUAUAGUCCUUCAAGUACACCAAGCUCUACUUUUACAACAGUUAGUGCAUCAGUUUCAGAAACAGCAUCAACAGAAACAAUCAUUCAAGAAACAGAGAGUACCACAUUUCCAUCUCAAAGUACAUUAAGCUCUACACAUGUUGCUGUUACUAUGGCAGAAAAAGCAUCAGCAGCAAUAGCCACUCAAGAAAAUGAGAGUACCACAUAUAAUCCUACUUUUAGAACAGUUACUGCUUCAAUUUCAGAAACAGCAAGAACAGAAAAAAUCAUUCAAGAAACAGAGAGUACCACAUCUGCAUCUCCAAGUACAUUAAGCUCUACUCCUGUUCUUGUUACUACAGCAGAAAGAACAUCAACAGAAAUACUCAUUCAAGAAAAUGAGAGUACCACAUAUAGUCCUUCAAGUACACCAAGCUCUACUUUUACAACAGUUAGUGCAUCAGUUUCAGAAACAGCAUCAACAGAAACAAUCAUUCAAGAAACAGAAAGUACCACAUUUCCAUCUCAAAGUACAUUAAGCUCUACACAUGUUGCUGUUACUAUGGCAGAAAAAGCAUCAACAGCAAUAGCCACUCAAGAAAAUGAGAGUACCACAUAUAAUCCUACUUUUAGAACAGUUACUGCUUCAAUUUCAGAAACAGCAAGAACAGAAAAAAUCAUUCAAGAAACAGAGAGUACCACAUCUGCAUCUCCAAGUACAUUAAGCUCUACUCCUGUUCUUGUUACUACAGCAGAAAGAACAUCAACAGAAAUACUCAUUCAAGAAAAUGAGAGUACCACAUAUAGUCCUUCAAGUACACCAAGCUCUACUUUUGCAACAGUUACUGCAUCAGUUUCAGAAACAGCAUCAACAGAAACAAUCAUUCAAGAAACAGAAAGUACCACAUUUCCUUCUCAAAGUACAUUAAGCGCUACACAUGUUGCUGUUACUAUGGCAGGUAAAGGCAGAGAUAUUGUUUUUUUGAGAAUGGUUUGCAAGUUGAAGUAA